AUGGCGGUCGGCCUGCUCAAAGGUGAGGAUGAGUCAGUCUACAGGGAGAAGAAGCGGGAGAUCUCUGACUACCUGUGUGGAAAGAUGAGCUUUCAGUUGAUGAGGGAGCCCUGCAAUACCCCCAGUGGGAUCACCUACGACCGCAAAGACAUUGAGGAGCACCUACAGAGAGUUGGCCAUUUUGACCCAGUCACCCGGAGUCCUCUGACCCAGGACCAGCUGAUCCCCAACCUGGCCAUGAAGGAAGUCAUCGACUCUUUUAUCCAGGAGAACGGUUGGGUGGAGGACUAUUGAACUUUCGUAACCCCCCAUGUCUCAGAGACCCGCACAGCCCAUUUCUCAGAGACCCGCACAGCCCAUUUCUCAGAGACCCACACAGCCCAGAGCUGAGACCCACACCAGAAGUGUAAAAAAGACGAGACAGAAUUGACUUCCUCCAGGACAUGCACUUUACACACAGGGGCCAUACUAUGGACUACUAAAUGACAGCCAUAUCUCAAGGUGGUUCCUCUCUCUUUCUCAAUCAGUCUUCUCUAUCUUCUCUAAAUCUUUCUCUCUACCCUUCCUCUGAUAGUCCUCUCUCUCCCUCAGAAUCGGAGGCCAUGUUUCUCAGGUCUCUCUCUGUCUCUCGCGCUCUCUCUUUCUCCCUGACUAUGUCUCUUCCCUUCUAACUCUCUCAGUGCCACAAUCCUCUCUGAACAGAUCACUCUGCACUCAGGUGUCUCAGAACCCUCUAAUGUAAAGCUUACAAUCUUUUCUCAAAUAACAUCGGAACCAUCUAUCCAAAGUAUGAAAAUGUUGGCCUUUUAUCAUGCUCUUACUCCAGUGUUAUUAGAUUUUAGAAAAAAUUCUGGGUUACUAGUAUAGUUAGUUGUACUUAACGUAAUUACUUAUUUCCCACAAUUCAGUGUUGGUGGUCUUGGUCAAUGCCAAAAAAUUGUUUUAGUUUUCAAACAAUCUAGUGUCAUUUUUUUAAUGCAAGACAAUAUAAAAUGUGAGAUAUGGAUUAUAAAAAAACUGACCAACCAAAUCAGUCUUUAUCAAGUCAUUGCCUGUGCUGGCGAGUUAUAACAUGAGGUCAUACAAACUAGAAUGUUCUGACCGAUGGUCAACUGACCUCUAUUACAUUAUAGCCCCCGUAGUGGGCAUUUAUACUGUGUUGAAUGUAUGCUUAUAGUGAGAGUGAAUAGAUUAAACCAAUUUUAUUUUACGACAAGUUGUCAGAUGUGAAUGAUAGACCAUUAAUCAGUGGAAAGCACAGACACACUACAUGGUGUUUUCUAUUACCACUCUAAUGGUUCAAAUAAUAUCUACAUUGUGAUGGUACGUGAAGGUCAUCUUUACUUUCUUUGUGGGUUUGAAGUUCUUGAAACAUGUUUUGAAGACUGUGCUGUACUUUCUGUUAUUCGAGACAAAACAAUUGGUCUGUGCGCAUGAACAAUGUGUUUGGCUGAUGGCUAGUAGGGUAACCGUCGCUACAGCAUGCGAUUAACAUGACAAGGGACUCCCUAAAAUGCUAAGCAAGAGGUCUGCUUAGGUUAACCCUUAACACUUGUGUGAAUUGGCCUAUAUGGAUAAGGCUAAAUUGAAAUGUUUCUUACUGAAUAAAUAUGAAAAGCAUAUGAGGAGCCAUGGUAGCAAUUGAAAGCGAACAGUUUCAGCAUUAUGGGAAAAUUAUUAGACCGAAGGACAAGUUUACUUGACACAAGACUGAAUCCAAACAUAACACUGUUGAUUUAAUGUGAAUUUUACAUUUACUAUUCUUUUUGCUGCAUUUGUUGAUAAUGAAAUCUGAAAAUAUGGCUGUCAGUCAAAACCCAUACAGCGCUGCGAAGUGCAGAGCCAGAGCUCUGACGUUAUGUAUAGCAUGUUUAAGUGAAAAUGCCCAAGGAGACGGUGUUUAGAGGAUACAGUGGCAAGAAAAAGUAUGUGAACCCUUUGGAAAUACCAGGAUUUCUGUAUAAAUUGGUCAUCAAAUUUGAUCUGGUCUUCAUCUACGUCACAACAAUAGACAGUGUGCUUAAUGUGUGAAAGUUAAAUAUAAAAAAAAGAGAUUUUGAAUUUCGCGCCCUGCACCUGAGCUGGAUGUUGUCAUAAGUGUACCGGUGUCGGGCUGCAGCCAUAACAGGAUAAAAAACACUCACAAAAUGUGAUUUUGCUAUUCACAAGAAGCAUUGCUUGAUGUGAACCAUGCCUCAAACAAAAGAGAUCUCAGAAGACCUAAGAUUAGGAAUGGUCGACUUAAAGCUGGAAAGGGUAACAAAAGUAUUUCUAAAAGCCUUGAUGUUCAUCAGUCCACGGUAAGACAAAUUGUCUAUAAAUGCAGAAAGUUCAGCACUGUUGCUACUCUCCCUAUGAGUGGCCGUCCUGCAAAGAUGACUGCUAGAGCACAGUGUUGAAUGCUCAAUGCGGUUAAGAAGAAUCCUAGAGUGUCAAGUAAAGAUUUACAGAAAUCUGUAGAACAUGCUAACAUCUCUGCUGACGAGUCUAUGACACGAUAAACACGAAACAAGAAUGCUGUUACUGGGAGGACACCACGGAAGAAGCCACUGCUGUCCCAAAAAAUAUUUCUGCAUUUCUGAAGUUUGCAAAAGUGUACCUGGAUGUUCCACAGCACAGAAAAAAGGCACAGCACACCAACAUCAAAACAUCAUCCCAACUGUAAAGUAUGGUGGAGGGAGCAUCAAGGUUUGGGGCUGCCUCAGGGCCUGGACAGCUUGCUAUCAUCAAUGGAAAAAUGAAUUCCCAAGUUUAUCAUGACAUUUUGCAGGAGAAUGUUAGGCUAUCUGUCGGCCAAUUGAAGCUCAACAGAAGUUGGGUGACGCAACAGGACAACGACCCAAAAGACAAGUAAAUCAACAACAAAAUGGCUUCAACAGAAGAAAAUACACCUUCUGGAGUGGCCCAUUCAGUCCUGACCUCAACCCGAUUUGAGAUGCUGUGGCAUGACCUCGAGAAGUAAUAUUGCUGAACUGAGACAGUUUUGUAAAGAGGAAUGGUCCAAAAUUCCUCCUGACCGUUGUGCAGGUCUGAUCCGCAACUACAGAAAACGUUUGGUUGAGGUUAUUGCUGCCCAAGGUGGGUCAACCAGUUAUUAAAUCCAAGGGUUCACAUACUUUUUCCACCCUGCCCUGUGAAUGUUUACACUGUGUGUUUAAUAAAAACAUAAAAAUAUAUAAUUUUCUUUCUGUGUUAUUUGUUUAAGUGGACUGUUUGUCUAUUGUUGUGACCUAGA